AUGGACAUGGACCAGACUCGCAAAGAAGCUUUCCGGGAGGCCACAGCCAGAUAUCAUCGGCGGACCUGCAUUAGGUUCGUGGAAGUUGAGCCCAACUUUACCGGAGUGCGCCUUCGAGUUGCAAAUGACGACCCCUCGAUUUGUUGGGCAACUUUGGGGUAUCAUAAUACAACUUCGGGGUAUUUUAAAGGCGGCCGUUUCAACCUCGGUUCCUGCAUGAACCUGAACCACAUGGGCGAAAUUCUCCAUAACCUUGGCCAUGUUCUUGGCAUGCUGGACGAGCAACAGAGACCCGACGCAACCCGGGCUUAUUACGGUCACGGACCUCACCUUCAAGUCUUUUGGGACAACAUCCCCAGCAGAUGGAUGCGUUCGUUCACUGCAAACGAGGGGGCCUACACCGGAUCUAGAUACGAUGGUACCCGGGAUCCCUGGUUUGGUCAUGCACCCUAUGACUUCGACAGUAUCAUGCACUUCCCUCCGACGCUCUACGGAUCUCACCUCUACGAGACAAUUCCUUCCGCGAAGAUGCGGAACGUGGGCCAGCGGAACUUUUUGUCAGAAGGCGACGUUCUCCAGCUGCUGGAUUCUUAUAGGUGCAGGCGGCGCACUACCACCACCACCACCACCACCACCACCACCACCGCCACCACCACAGGCACCACCACCACCACCACCACCACCAGCAUGUCAUUCGGAGCAGGUGGAUGCAUCCAGAAUCCGGAUUGUGCAGUGAACCCGUGGUGCAACGAUCCGAGCUACCAAUCCUGGUGUCCCAUUCAUCAAUCCCCUUGCCCGGAGCCCUGGUGCGUUGGCAGCCAGCGGUGA